AGUUGUUGUUUUGUGAGUCACGUGGAGUUAGGUCAGACAAAACAUUGUAGUUCGAACUUUCUUAUUAUUUAAGAUCCUUCAUUUGCAUUUUUUUGUCGUCAGACUUUUUAAUCGAAGCAAGAUGGUCUGCGACAAGUGUGAAAAGAAACUGGGCAGAGUCAUCACUCCGGAUACGUGGAAAGAUGGAGCCAGAAACACAACAGAAAGCGGAGGCUGUAAGAUAAAUGAAAACAAGAUGCUGACAUCAAAGAAAGCGAGGUUUGACCCGUAUGGAAAAGCCAGAUUCGCAACGUGUAGAAUCUGUAAAAGUUCAGUGCACCAAGCUGGUUCCCACUACUGCCAAGGCUGCGCUUACAAAAAAGGCAUAUGUGCUAUGUGUGGCAAAAAAGUUUUGGAAACUAAAAACUACAAGCAAACAUCAGUGUAACCAAUCCCCCUUGUUUCAAGUUUUGUUUAGAGCAUUUCUUUUUAUUUUAUUAAGAGUGUUUGAAUAUAUUUAAAUGUGCAUGCUACCACUUUUCUAAUCUGUCGUCUUCUGUCUCUCUAUUACAGACUGAUCUAUAUAUUAUUUAAUCAUUUAAACCUUUGUGUACCUCCAAAAACAACCUUUUCAUUUUUGUACACUGCAGUUAUA